AUGGAAAUACCACAACAGGUCAGUGGCAGGUCCAGACAGCUGCAGUUGAUGGAUGGCGGAGCUUCCCCACAGCAGAAUUGCAUGCUGCUCACCCGUCUAGUCUCCUGCAUACAUGCACGCUUCUUGACACCAUUUCCAGAACUUGCGCAACCCAUGAGCGAUGAUCCUUGCCCGGCAGAAAAGCACUCUGUUACAAUAUCAAUGCAAUGCGGCGGAGUCCUCCAUGGGUCCAACCCGGACCGCUCCGGCCACAGGAACCUGGCAGGUCUGUCUGUUUUACCACACACACAAAAGAAGGACAUUAUUGGGAGUCAUCGUCACGUCAAGACCGAGAUUCUAAAGCGUCACGGCCACCUCUCACCAAAGGCCAGGCUAAGCCUAAUGACGCCAAUCGAGAUGACGUACCAAUUGUGGACUGCAUUUGUAAACCCUGUGGCCAUAAUACCAAAGUUUGUUCUCAAUCUGUUAUAUGCCUGGAAGGCCACAGCCUUGGCCCAACAAGGGUACGAAAAGAACAAGCAGUCCGCUUUCCAACUCAUUCGGAACGAGGGCCGUGUCCUCGUCCUUCCGAAAUCCUUGCUUGAGGAGCUGAGUCGUCUGCCGCCCAACAUUGCCGAGCCCACAGCCGCAUUGGAACGUGACCUUGUCGGGUCUUUUACUGGUAUCGAUUUGAUACUGGAAAGCAGGCUACACCACUCAAUCGUACAGCGAAAGCUGACGCCACGCCUCUCUCUCCUUCUACCCCGGAUGGAAAAAGCGACUACAGCAGCCUUCAAAACCUAUCUGCCUCUCAGCGAUGAUUGGGUCGAGUUUGAACCAUACAAAGAAUUUAGCUACAUCUCUGCUCGACUCGGUGCCGAGAUCAUAGUUGGACCGUCCUUCUCUGACAACCCCAAGUGGCUGCACAUUGCGGUUGAGUACACGGAAAAUUUGUUCAGGACUGUCGUGAUCUUACGCUGUUUCCCAACAUGGAUGCGCCCGAUGCUAUCUCGUUUCCUUCCCUCGUACUACAGGGGCUGGGCACUUCUUUACAAGGGCAAGAGACUGUUGGGCCCUCAGAUCCAAACCCUCCUAGACAAGAACGAUAGAGGGGUGUGGCAGCCAUCAGAUGAGAAUCCGGACGACCUAAACGUCCUCAGCUGGCUAACUAGCUGCGCAAAAGGAAGAGACCGCAGAGCAGACAUAAUUGGGCACGUGAUGGUGAUGGUAGCGCUGGCAGCGGUGCAUACCACUCUGCUUCGCAUGGUCAAUGUCUUGUAUGAUGUUGCUGCCGCCCCCUCUGAUCUGAAAGAACAGCUUCUCCAAGAGAUUGCUAGUGUCGCCCGCGGUGGCUGGCACGACAAUGGCAAUCCAUACGAUGCGCUGGCAAAGCUUGACAGCGUGCUGCGUGAGUCCCAGCGCAUCUCGCCUCCUACGACGCUGGGCAUGAAGCGGCUAUUCAAGGAGCCAUACCGGUUCCAGGACGGCACCCAGGUCGAGGCGGGGACGUACGCUUGCAUGCCUGUGUAUGCCAUUGAGAACGACCCUCUGACAACACCAAACCCUGAAGAGUUCGACGGACUGCGGGCUUUCCGAGCUUCACGGGAAGUCGAUUCCGACAGAGCUCACCAGUAUCUGUUCUCGUCGCCCGGUUCGGAUUUUCUCAAUUUUGGCUAUGGGAAAACAGCUUGUCCCGGACGGUUCUUCGCAAGCAUCGCGGUGAAAAUGGUCAUGGUCAAGGCGCUCACAGAUUAUGAAUUCAAGUUCCUUCCGCAUACCCAACGGCCGAGAAACAUUCUGGUGCAUGAGUUUCUCUUUACAUGGCCAUGGACUAAGAUGCUUGUGCGCCGGAAGAAAAAGGGUUCUUGUCCAUUUUGA